CAGGCCUGGGUUGCCAUGGAUACCGUGUCCCUGGAGCAUCAGAUUCAGAGCGUGCAACGCCACAUCAGCUUCCUGAAAAAGGAGCAGAUGGCCCUGCUGCGAGACCUGCACCUGGAAAUCCUGAGGCUGCAGAAACGCUGCUCAGAACUGACCCAUGACCUGGAGAUGAGAGAGGCCCAAUCUCACCAGCAAGAGGCGGCGUCCCGGGAGCUGGAGAGCAAGUGCCGCGCGCUGGAGUCGCAGCUGGCGGCGCGGGCCUCGGCCAACGCCGAGCUGCGGCGGGAGGUGGCGCAGCGCGAGGCGCUAGUGUCGGCGCUGCGCUGCAGCCUGCGCACCGAGGAGCGCCGCUUCCUGGAGGAGCUGCGUCGCCGCAGCCACCGCGCCACGGUGCUGGGCACCGAGCUGCAGAAGCACACCGAGGCGGCCGCCUACCUCUCCUGCCAGCUGCACGCGGCGCGCCAGAGACUGCAGGCCCCGCGCCCGGGCCCCGGCGCCGCCGCCGAGCCCCGACCCCGCCGGCGCGCGCAGCGAGCCCGCCGCCCGCCCGCCGAGGCCGCCGCCAAGGGCCCAGGCCGGGACUGGGCCGCCUGGGACCGCGCGGCCGGCGCCCUGGACGACGCCGACCCCAUGCCCGACCCCGCGCUCUUCCUUUACCCGCGGAGGCCCCCGCGGCCCUGCGGCCGCAGCCAGCGCCAGCCGCCUCCCCAGGACCCCCCGGACCAAGCCGGCCCGCAGCCCGCGCCCUGCCGGAGCCCCCCGGCCGCGCCCGGGGACCCGGAGUAG